UAAAGUAUGAUCAAUUGUGGAAGAUAUUAUAUAGAUUGAGAUGUAUUUUCAUGGAAAAAUAGGUGAUUUAAAAUUAAAAAUAAUAAUAUUCAAGUGCUUGGCUCAAAAUGAAAUUAUUUUUUAGUUGCAAAAAGAAAUAUUACCAUAUUUACAUGUUAAAUUGAAUGGAAAUAUUGCGAUGAUUUAUUAUUGAAAAUCAGUUACAAAACAGUUUUUGGGUGAAAGUAAAUGAUUUGAUUUUCUAGGCAUUCAAUAAAACUCUAUUUAUGAUAACACAAAAUAUGUAAGAUGAUAAAUAGUUUAUUUAAGUUUAAAGAAAAGAUUGUGAGAAAUAGGGAUGUUAAUCACGUUCUCAAUGUUGUAUAAAAAGGUACACCGGGUAUCAAGGAUUCAUUUAAAUGAAAUAAUUAGAGAAUAAAAAUAAGCAAACAUGGUCUCGGAACAGGGGAAUGAAAAUGGAGAAGAUCAUCAAGAAAAAACGGAAACAAUAUCAGAAACUAGUUCAUCUGUUAGAUCUUGUGCUUUAGAAAAUGUACAAGACAAUGCUUAUGGACUAGAUCCUAAUUCACUGGAACCCGUGAGUAGUAUUUUAGUUUCUACAAGUCAAGUGGUGGAGAACAAAGAUUCCCAAGCAAUUGAGCAGGAGGAGAUCCUGGAGGAAAGAAUAAUAGAACCUUUAAAAGAAGUUCGGCUAAAUAAAAGAGAAACUUUAGGUUCGGGAGAUGAAAUAACAGAAAAUCCUAUGAAAUGUUUGGGAAAAAAUCAUAUUCCAACAGCUGUACAAGAUGAGGGAAGUACAUCUUGUUCGGAAAUUGUAAAUGAUACACUUCGUUGUUCCAGAGGGAAACAAAGAUUGUUAAAUAUUGUGGAAAAUAAGUAUAAGAGAGGAGAAUUAGCGCAUAAUGGAGAAGAUUUGAUGUCAAAAGUAAAUGGCGAAAGCAGUUCAAAUGUGAAAUGCGUUUCUGAUAAAUUUGGAGAAAGAAAAGAUUUUGGUAAUGUGUAUGAUUAUGAUUCUAUGGAUGGUGCAGUGGCUUUACCUUUAUAUAGUUUAGCAAUCGUUCCUUCAGAAGGGGAGGAAAAUAUUGGAAUAGAUUGUAAUAAACCAUUUAAAUUACCAAGCUUAGUGAAUUUGUUUGAGGUAGCUAAAGCUCAAGGAGUUAAAUUGGAGGAAAAUGCAAGAGCCAUUUCUGAUUUGCCCUCAAGUCAUGAUCAUCAAUUUGAAGGGCCAAUUGACAUUCGAUCGUCUAAUAGUAGCGAUGGAAGUAAUUCUGAAACUGAGUCUCUACAAGCUUCAAGUAAACAUGUUCGAUGUAGAAAGAUGAAUAAAGUAACAACAAAAGAAGGAGUCGAGUAUUACCAACUGUGGCGAAGCACAGCGGGCCUUUCAACACCGGAAUCAGUAUACGAGACUUUAUAUCCAAAUCCUCCUCCAUUGCCACCCAGGUCGGCUCACAAGCCACUUUACAGGAAUUUAUGUCAACCACCAGAAUUACCUAAAAAACAGAAUCUCAAGACACCAAUGCGACCUGAAGAUUGCUUUGGUUUUGAAAUUGUGGAUAUGGAUGAGGGUCCAAAUAAUAUGAAGACUAGAACGGCCGUUACCAAGAGCAUAGCGCUGUUAAGUUCGCCAAGAUCUCACAGAGCAUUGACGAGACCCGAAGCUGGAACAAGCAGUCAAAUCGAAUGCCCCCCUACGCCAACGCACCGUCCAAAAUUAUUACGUCCACUACCGAUAUGUCCUUCCACAAAAUCAACUUUAACUUCCGAAGAACCUCUACCUGCAUCCUGGGAAGCGCGUAUUGACAGUCACGGUCGAGUAUUUUACAUAGAUCAUGUUAAUCGCACGACAACUUGGCAGCGACCUGGACUGACGUCUCGAAAUCUAGGUUGCGAUCUACGUCGACAACAACUCGACAGACGAUAUCAAAGUGUGCGUCGCACCAUUUCACGACAAGACAUGGAUCAAGAACCUGGCACCUCGAAUAUUAAUGCCAGUCAAUUUGAAAUGAACAGUGAUCGUCUAAUCGAAAGAAGCACCAACAACAGAAGUGAAUUUGACACUGCCGAUACAACUACAGUACCGGCAGUUCUAUUUCUAAGUAGACCGGACUUUUUCACAGUUCUCCAUACCAAUGCAGAUGCUAUGGAAUUCUAUAAUCGUAAUUCGAGUUUGAAACAUAUAAUCAAUAGAAUCAGAAGAGAUUCCGCUGUGUUUCCACGAUAUGAGCACAAUAGAGAUUUGGUGGCGUUGAUCAAUUUGUUCGCGGAUUUAAAUAAAGAUUUUCCAGUUGGUUACGAAUCGAAACUCGAUAGAAAUGGAAAAAGAUUUUUCAUUAAUCACGUGAAAAAAACAACGUCAUUUAUUGAUCCGAGACUGCCAAUGGAAGUAACGCAUCCGAGAACAAGUGUGGAUGAAGUACCAAUGCCUCCGCCAAGAACGCAACAGACGGUGAUUUCGACAACUGGAGUUCCUACCGCUCAGCCCGAUAUUCCCGUCGCGUAUAACGAUAAAGUUGUCGCCUUCUUACGGCAACCAAACAUAAUGGACAUUCUCAAGGAACGGCAUUCGGCUUUGAGUCAAAAUGUCGCUUUGAAGGAAAAAAUUAAUACAAUUAGAGUCGAAGGAUCCGCAUCGUUGCAACGUUUAGGGCACGAUGUUCCUUUGGCAUUACUUUUAAGUUUAUUCGAGCAAGAAAUUAUGUCAUACAUUCCUGGUAUAGGAAGGUCUCCUCUCAACAGUCCUCAUGCAUCUCCCGGCUUAGCUAGAGCUUCGGCCAGAGCUCCCGCUCCGUACAGGAGAGAUUUUGAAGCGAAACUUCGCACAUUUUACAGGAAACUGGAAAGCAAGGGUUAUGGCCAAGGUCCCGGCAAGUUGAAAUUGCACAUCAGAAGAGAACAUUUAUUGGAAGAUGCCUUCACUCACAUAAUGGCAGUGUCAAAGAAAGAUUUGCAAAAGGGGAAACUGGUCGUUAUUUUUGACCACGAAGAAGGCUUGGAUUACGGAGGACCGUCUAGGGAAUUCUUCUUCCACCUCUCACGUGAACUGUUUAAUCCUUAUUAUGGUUUAUUUGAGUAUUCAGCAAAUGACACUUACACCGUUCAAGUAUCGCCGAUGUCUGCCUUUGUAGAUAAUUACCACGACUGGUUCAGAUUUUCCGGAAGAGUUUUAGGCUUGGCAUUAGUGCAUCAGUACUUGCUUGAUGCUUUCUUCACAAGACCUUUUUAUAAAGCUCUCUUGAAAAUAUCGGCGAGUUUAAGUGAUUUAGAAAGUUUAGAUCAAGAAUUUCAUCAAAGUUUGCUGUGGAUUAAGGAGAAGGACAUAAGCAUAGAGCCUUUGGAGUUGACAUUUUCUGUGACUGAGGAAUUAUUGGGAAAAGUGUCGGAGCGAGAAUUGAAACCUGGCGGUAGGAAUAUUGCUGUGACGGAGAAAAAUAAGAAGGAAUAUUUGGAACGUAUUUUGCGCUGGCGUUUGGAAAGAGGAGUUGCUGAGCAAACGGAAUCAUUGAUUCGUGGUUUCUAUGAAGUUGUCGAUCCCCGUUUAGUUUCGGUGUUUGAUGCUCGAGAACUGGAGUUGGUAAUUGCCGGUUCUGCGGAAAUUGAUUUGAAUGAUUGGAGAGCACAUACUGAGUAUCGAAGUGGCUAUCAUGAUACUCAUCCUGUUGUUGAAUGGUUUUGGAGUAGUAUUAGUCAUUUUUCAAAUGAGCAGAGACUGAGACUGUUGCAAUUCGUCACUGGAACUUCAAGUAUUCCUUAUGAGGGAUUUUCAGCUUUACGUGGCUCUACAGGUCCUAGGAAAUUUUGCAUUGAAAAAUGGGGAAAGCCGAACAGUCUACCAAGAGCUCACACUUGUUUCAAUCGUUUGGACCUACCACCGUAUCCGACUCCAGAAAUUUUGUAUGAAAAAUUAUUGCUGGCAGUAGAGGAAACUUGUACCUUUGGAAUAGAGUAAUAAGAUAAUAAAAGACUUGACUGACAGGUAAAUAAUUAAAAUUUCUUCAAAAUUAACAUUCUAACUUGAUAAUAUACCUAUUAGGUACAUUAGGUUACGAAAAUCAAAAUGUAAAUACUUUUAGAAAUUUAAUAACUGUUUUCUUAAGAGUAAUUGCAACAAGUUACUUAUGAAAAAAAAUUUAAAUCAAGUAUUAUUAUUAUUAAUUUUAUUACUUAAUUUUUUUUAAUAAUGUUCUCUUGACGAAUAAAAUUCUCGAAAAGUCCUUUUCUUAUUUUAAAUAUAAAAUGAGUUAAUAGUUAAUUUGUUAGACCAUUAAAACGAUACAGUAAAUAUUACAAAUAUUAAAUUUUAUGCAACGAAGCAAUAUUUAAAUGCAUGCGCAAUAAGAGAUUUUAUUAAAAAUGUUGUUUAGCUAAUGUUUAUAAACUUGGAAUUUUAUGUGAAAAAAUAAUUACCUAUGAAUGUAGUAGAUAAUAUACGAAUAUUUGUAGUGCAUAAAUGUAUAUAAAAAAAACUGUCUGCAAGGAAAAGAAAUAUUUCAAUGAAAACAAUUUACCAUGUAUUCGCUGUUGCAAAUACGUUUAAUAAAUAAUAAAUUUAUUAAUUAUGUAAAUAGAAUCAUUAAAUGCCAUCAGUACUUAGAAUAAAAAAUGUUUUUGUGAAAACAGUAUCAUGGGCUUAAAGAUCAUCAUUUUAUGAAUUUUAUGAAUCUAUUAAUUUCUUACAGGAAUAAGAAAUAA